AGCGGGAACAUUUCAAAAUGGCGGACGAAGAUGGUGAAGGUGGGGUUUUGGACUUCACUGGCUAUGGAUUAAAGAAAUUUGACAUACCAGAAGGUUUACACCCCAAUGGACUUAUUCUUGAUCAAAACAGCAUCUCGAAAAUAGAAAGUGUGGAGCACUUGCAGGACUUACAACAGCUAUCCUUAGCAUCCAAUCACCUGGUUCGCAUGGUGGGCGUGUCUUCCUUCAUCCAUCUCACUGUACUGCGUCUCUCCAACAACAGCAUUGUCAACAUAGAAGGACUCACAGACCUGGUAUACCUGUCUUGGCUAGAUCUUAGUGGCAACAGUAUCAAGGUUAUUGAGAAUUUGAAGCAUAAUGCCCGUCUGCGCCAUUUGGACCUAUCAGACAACAACAUUGCUGUCUUUGGGGAGUUAUCUCCCCUGUCUAUUCUCAAGACCCUCUUACUUCAUGGGAAUAUAAUUUCAAGUCUUAAGCCUAUUCCUGCUUGUAUUCCGCCAUCAGUCAGAGUUCUCUCCCUUGAGAGUAAUGACCUGUGUGACCUCAAUGAGAUGUGCUACCUGGCGAGUCUUCCUGACCUGGAUCAGCUGUCUCUGGCCAACAACCCCUGUGUCCUCAUGACAGCGCUCACACAAUAUCCUUCUAUACAAGCUACAAACGCUGUACAUCAUGUCUUUGGCCUCAUGUAGAUUCUGG